CCUCCUCCGCCUCUCCUCUUCCUCUCUGACCGGAGGAUCGAGCCGGGGCUUGCGGGAGAACACUGGGCGUAGCUGGGGAGGAUUCCUCUCGAACCUGCCGCCACACACCGACCCACCGACCAGACCUUGUAUUCUCCAGAAAGCUGUAGACCUGUGGCCAUCCUGUGAGCUUCAAGUCCAUCAGUCUUGUCCUGCAGAGACGGACCACCACCACUCAAGAGGAGAUGAAGCCGGAUGGAGUUGCCACGGCAGCAAUGGAGCCAAUGGAAGCAUUGGAUUCCAAUCAAGGAAAUGAGGCAGCACACGCCGUAGGACAGGAGCCCAACCAGGCAGCCAGUCCUGCGGAAGAGGAGACACCACAGCAGCAUGUAGGAGAUACGGUUCAGGUGGAACCUCAGCCCGAACAGGCCAAGGAAACCCCAGCUGCUACGACCGGCAACAAGUCCUCAGGAGACUCCAAAGCCAAGACUCCAAACAAGGCCACGCCUAAGACAAAACCUUCCUCCACCAUCCAAACCAAGACCACAGCUGGCUCACGGCCCAACACAUCCCAGAGCCGCAUCUCCAACGGCACGUCGAAGCCUCAGACCAACGGAGUGGCCAAGAAAGCCACGUCCGCUCCGGACAAAAAGGGCAUCACGACCUCAGCGCCCGCCAAAAGACCAACAGGCACGGCUGGAGUGCUCGCCCCCAAGAGCAAAGUGGGUGAGAAGAAACCCCCCGGUGCUGCCACCACCACCACCACCAACAACUCUGCAAAGCCGAUGGCUGGACCACCCGCAGCCAGGAAGGCGCCGUCCUCAUAUGCAGUUGGUGUAAAAACCAGCACCACCGCAGCUGCUGCGAAAAAGCCCAUAGGUCUAAAAUCUGCACCUCCGUCCAAACCUGCCACUGCUGCUGCACCUAAGCCUGAUAAGGCCGCUGUUCCCAAGACAACCAGGCCGACAACCACCACGCCAGCGUCCUCUCGUCCAGCCACAGGCGUAACCCGGCAACCCCUCGCGAGUGCAACCAGGAGCUCCCCCGCUGCCUCCAAACCUCCCACUCCCAGAACCCCGUCCUCCGCCGCUAAGCCGGCUGCCGCCAAACCAACCUCCUCGACCCCCUCUGGUGGCAAAGCUCCCACAUCACAAACAUCCAGGAACUCGACCCCUGUGAAGAAAGAUGUUACCAAACCAGCAACCCCAUUCAAAAAGUCUGCAGAUUCUCCCCUUACCCGCACCCCAACUGCUGCGAAGCCCGCGAAACCGGAGACCCCCAAAUCAGCCUCAAAAUCAGACACCACCACCAAAAAGCCUACAAAUGCUACCACCAAGUGUGUGGACACAAAGACACCCACCCGCCCAAAACCACUGGAGAGUAAGCCCACACCUUACAAACCGUCCGUCUCCAAAUCGGCAGGAGCCCCCAAGGCCCCCACCCCUAAGAAAACUGUGGGCAGCAGCACCCCGACCCCGGUGAAGCGUGGCCCCAAAGCGACGACAGGUGCCAAACCUGAAGUGGAGAUUGCUGCCGCUGUAGCUGCUGCUGCCGCUAUCGCUACGGCUGCCGCUGCCAUCGCCGUGCCAGAGGAACCAGAACCUCUCGCUGAAGUAGCUGUGGAGCUGACUGCUACAACUCCUGAAGCAGUACAAGAGAAAAUCUCCGAGCCCACAGCAGAACCAACACCAGAACCUGUACGUGAACCAACACCAGAACCCGCUCGAGAACCAACACCAGAACCCAUACGAGAGGAAACACCUGAGCCUCUAUAUGAACCAACACCUGUAAGACAACCAUCUCCAGAACCCCUUGCAGAGCCACUGUCUCAGCUGUCAUUAGAGGAAGACCUAGGAGCUGAUUCUUUCCAUGAUCAAGCCUCCAGUGUUCCUGUGUCGGCCCAGAUGGACCUUUACAAAUUCCAGGAGUCGGUUCCUUCCUUGGGAACGACUGUCAUGUCUCCUCCUUGCUCCCCACCCGGCCCAGUGUCUCCAGUCAGAGAGCCACAGAACGCUUCCUCUGGGCUGGACAUGCACUUCCAGUCUGACCCCUGGGACACGAACCAGCACUUGGCCUCGUCUGACUUUGCCUCAGAGAGCACAGUCGGCACGAUGAAUUUCCAGACGGAAGAGGAGAGGGAGAAUAAAGAACGAUUCUCACAUGAGACAAGGGAUGAAGAGGAGGAGGAAGAGGAAGAGGAGGAAGAUGACAAACAGAAGAUCCUGUUCAUGCCUCCCUCCACAUGUUCAUCUGAAGAGGCAUUUAACAUGAAGGCACAAACCCCCUUGUUCGUUGCCUCGCCCCUGGAUGAUUUCACCCCCAGGGACAUGACCUCCCCUCAUGAAAAGGAGGAGGCAGUGGAAAAGGCUGAUGAAGAGAUCAAUGAGGAUGAUGAUGAGGAGGAGGAAGAUGAAGAUGAGGAACAGAGGAGACUAGGCCACCAGCCUUUGUCCUUCACCACUGACAUGAGCACUUCUCAGCCCUCUGAGGAGUUCCAGGUCCGCUCCUCAGGCUUUGGCGGUUCCGCGGGUUGGCACGGCGAUGACCUCCUGUCCGGGUUGGACUCGGAGGACGUGAGCAGCUGCACCAGCAGCCGGCAGCAGGGAGUCUCCGACCUCAGCAGCGCCCAGCACACGGCCAUCUUAGAGGGCACCCAGAGCUCGGACGCCAUGAUCGAUUCAAGCCUCCGUGGCUCUGAGGGAGAUGGUAACCUCAUGGGUUCGCCCAACGUGGAAACCCUGGCCAAUGAAGAAGAGGAGGACGAGGACGAAGAGGACGAGCGCGUGGAUGAUAUGGACUUGAGUUCAGAGAGGAUAGAGGAGCGUCACAAGGUGUUCCAGCAGCAGGAGCAUGACGAGGAGGACGAUGAGGAUGUAGAGAUGCACAGUGAAGGCGUAACGGAGAGCUGUGGGAACGUAGAUGAAGAUGACUUCAAUGAGGAGGAGCAUUUAGACAACCUCAAUCGCUCUGCUCCUCCCCCCAGCAUCCCCCCCGCCGCCUCCUGGGGCCAGACCAACCCCUUCGCUGAUACCUGGGGUCAACCAGCCUCUCUGCUCCCUGUCUCCUCCCCCAGCCCGCUGUCCGACCAUGGAGCAGCUGAAUCUGAAACCCCAACUCAGUCUCCUGCCCAGACAUGUUUUGACAUCAGUGGUCCUUCCUUCGUUCCUCAGCCGGAGCCCCAGCAGCUCCAGUCAGCCCACGAGGAGAUGAAGAGCUCCGAGGAGGUGCAGGACCUUCUGGCUGGCCCGGCUAUGGGCAUGUCUAAGAGCGGCACAGGUCUGUCUGCUCACAGUGACACCAGCACGCCAGAGGAGCUCCGGGACUACGACAGCAGCUCCGGGGUGGAGUCGCGCUCCGACAAGCAGCACACCCCGGUGCCUGCUUCAGUCCAGCCUGACAUGGAGCAGGACCUGGGUAUCCACUUGGAGAAAGGUGAUGGAGAAGAGGAGGAGGCUGAGACGCUUCCUGCCGACGAGGUCCUAGGAACCGGACCCCCAACUGCUCCAGCAUCCGCCCCCUCUUCCCCCUCCACCUCGGGAGACGAGGCCAGUGAUACGGAGGGUGAGAUGCAGAUCAACGACCCAGACGCACCGAUGAUGAUGGAUGACAGUGCUGGAUUUGAAAGCCCCACUCCAAACUGUAAUCUGCCAGCUCUUGACGAGGAUGAGGAGGCAGCAGCUGCUGGGGACGGCGAAGAGGACGGAGGCGGAGCCACUCCCCAGUCGGCCCACUCUGUGGCGUCCUAUGGCUUCGACUGCACCACGUCCAACUCCAACGCCCACUCCAUGGCCGAGAGCUGCGGAAAGAGCCCGGGGAUCUUCUCCCUGGAGAACGAGGAGCAGCUGGACGAGGAGGCCAAGGACCCGUCCUUCAUCAAGGAGCUGACCCUGCCAUCGGCGGCCGCCACUGCCUACGGCGACGACCUGCUGGGUCGACCUGUGGACCUGAUGCCUCUGGGCCUUCCAGGAGGAAUGGCGCCCAGCCUGGAUGAGCACCACUACAUGCUGGGUGGAAAGGUUGCAGCAGACCACCUCGGGGAGGUGGAUCCACUGGGGUCCGGUCUCCACUUCGGGGCCCAGGAACCCGGAGACACCGACGAUAGCCAGCCACCGUACUACUCAACCAUUUGUGAUAAGACUGAUAGUUUUCUUGCAGGUAACGUAUAAGUCCCUGCUAUUACCCCUGGAAUGCACCUUUUCCCCACAACCCUCCCCUUACCUGUUGUCUGUUUUCUCUCCAGUUGGGUUAGAUGGCUUAGAAGGAGGAACAGAGGAGAGCCAGAUUGUAGGAAAUGAUUUUAAAAAAUCAAAAGAGAGGAGCUGAGGAAAAAUGACUGUAGCAAACUUUAAGUGAAGCCUCCCUCUUUCAUACUGUUAUGAUCCUGGUUGUGAGUGUCUGGCUUAAACUCCUUUAUGUACAAUAGCUACUACCAUUUUCUAGUAGAAUGUUCUUUUUAAGUAACACUGCAUAUCCUGUAGCCCCUGCUGGGGUAUUGACUGAUUGGUCCAAUGUGACUGAGCGUUUAAACCGAAAAAGACAAAAAAAAAAUUGAUGGAAUGAAAUGGACUCAUUGUGUAUUUAUCCUACUGUUUUUACCGAACAAAUGUCAAUGACUUAUUUUUUGUUUUUUUUGUUUUUGUAUUUGCUUAUUUGUUGUUUUUUGUUUUGUUCCGUUCUGUUGAAACCAGGAGUCUGAGCUGCGAAACAGGAUUUUACGAUUAUCAAGGGAACUGAGGCGUCAACUCUUGACUUUUUGUAGUUCUUCAAAGCCAAUUGGCACCGGUUACCAUGGUGAUUUGAUUUACCCGGCAGAGUUGGCGCUGACGUUACCUCGAUAACCGCAGAUUCCUCCUCGCAGUGCAGACCCCUGGUCCCCCCCCCCACCCUGUGUACACACGCUUCAUGUUCAACAGCACCAUAGCGAUAGUCACAUGCUCCUUUUUAAAGGUUGUGUUCCUGUUUCAAGACUUUUAGCUUUUCAAAAUAAAAGGCUAGUUAUUAACAGGGCUGCCAGCCCGUGCAGAUGUGUUAGGUAUGGGAGUGUUAGAUUGCAGUUGGUGAAGUUUUUUAAUGUGUGCAUCAGGAGGUCGUUACGGUAUAACGUGCAGUCACGUACAGUAUGUGUUUCAGGCUUUUGGUUUUUACGUGGCUUCUCUUCCGGCCUCAGUUAGCUGAUCAUUUGUGUUCCAGGAGAGACUAACAACUAGCCCAUUACUUGUGAUGAGACCCUGCAUUGUCCUACACAGCUUUACAUUCGCUGAGAGGUUUCUCCUAGUCAGUGUUUGGUUUACUAUUUCAACAGUAUAUUGCAUGUUUAACUAACAAAGAGACUGUGUACUACCUUGAAUUUGAAACAAUUCUACACUAGACAUGUUCAUCAAUGAAUGGUUCACACUAGGUUAUCUUUCAAAAUUCCAUUAAAACAUCCUUGCAAGGCA